ACUCGCGCAUGCGCAAAAGGAUUUUAAGGUUGGAAGAGGAGAGAUCGAUUGCAAAACUCUGUGCGAACGGACAAGUUUCAUUUCGAGAGAAAUAUAAUGGUUCAGAUGCGGAUGGAGGGUUUCCGUAAACUGACGGAUGAUUGCGAGAGAGUGAUAGAGAAGGAUGACUCUUCUAGUUUUUCUACCAGUUCAGAAUAUGAGAGAGCACCGAGAAGUUGCCGUCAUAAGACAACACGAAUCGUUUUGAGCACCCAGUUCCAAAUAGUUGUUAUAAGUCUCGUUAUACUCGAUUGUUUGGUAGUUAUUGCUGAAUUAUUACUCGAUCUCAGAUUCCUAGAAGUUCAGACACAAGAUAAAAAUGCUGCGGAUGAUACACUGCCAAAAAUAUUCCAUUACAUAUCUCUAUCGAUUCUCAGUUUAUUCGUUAUCGAAGUCCUUUUCAAGUUAUAUGCCCUAAGAUUAGACUUAUUCAAAAUGAAGAUGGAACUGUUCGAUGCUUUCGUCGUAGUUAUAUGCUUUACAUUAGAUAUAAUCUUUGCUAAUAGUGAAGGUGUACAGGCUGGAAUAGGUUUAAUCAUUGUACUAAGAUUGUGGCGAGUAUCAAGAAUACUGAACGGUGUAAUAAUGUCUGUAAAAAUCAACGCCGAACGCCGUGUUGCUCGCGAAAGGGCAGCUAAAUGCGUAGUGGAAGAGGAACUAAGCAAAUACCGCAAAUACAGCGAAAUGCAGGACAAUUACAUCGAUAAACUUACAAUGCUCCUGCAAAGCCAUGGAAUAAAGUAUGAUCCAAUGAUAGGUGCUGGAUAUGAAGCACCUGUUGCCUCCAGUACAAUCAACGUUGUAGCGGAAGUUAAUCAAAUUGAAUGA